GCAGGGCCGGGGCGCGAGCGAGCAGCCGGUGUCAACAGCUGCAAAGGUGGCAGCAGCAACAACAGCAGCAACAGCAGUGUCUGCACGCACGGUGCUGUCUCUGAGAGAGCGCGUCUGCGCCCAAUGCAUGAGUUUCACCGGUGAACGGCAACGCUUAGGCUGCGUGUGAGUGAGUGAGAAAGAAUAAUGGAGACGGGUGUCCAAGUGUGCCAGGACAAUGAGUAUUGCUGGGGCAGCAGAACAGAGCAGGGGGACAUUGAGGCGGUCGAAGCACUCAUGUCGAUGAGCUGCAGUUGGAAGUCAGAUGCCAGAAGGUACACUGAGCUGAGACCACUGACACCAGCCUCCGAUAUGUCUGAGGAAUCCGAAGAUAGUUUACUGUCCAGCUCGAAGGAUUUCCAUGCAUUGCCCCUAUUUUGUUUAACCCCACCGUAUAGUCCUCCUACUUUUGAGGCAUCUCAAAUGGUUCAUCCUAUAAUGAAAUUCCCUUCCACUGUACCUAAGUUGGGAGCUCCUUUAUCCGGGCAUACCAGCAGGGUUGCGGCAGGAUCUGUGAGUGUGUCCACGGAUGCAAUGUAUGCCAGGACUCCAAUUCCAACCAAUGUGGCCACAAGCCAACGAUCCCAAGCCACAAGUGUUAUUCGUCAUACUGCUGACAUAUUGCCCUGUGCAGAUGGAUCUUGUCCCGUUGGGAUGGCCCAGGUGUCUGCUGGUCAGCAAGCAAUACACAGGACAGUUGCAUUGGGUGGAAAUGAAGAGGAAUUGAUGGAAAUUAAUGACAGUAAAAAGAGAAACUGUAUAUCGCAGGAACUGAUUUCUUCUAUCAAACCAGUAAUUGAAACCAAUAAAGGACCAAAAGAAGAUAAAAGUCAAAACCAAAGCUUAGCUUCAACCAUGAAUUCCACACCAGCUACAGUACAAUCCCUCUUUUCAAGGAGCCAGCUUCCUUCAGAUGCUCAUAUUCAGCAGAAUUCAUUGAUGGUGUCACCUCGAGUCUCUUCCAGUAUCCCGCCGCUGCCUAUCAUCUGCCAAGUGCUUCCAGUCACUACAAGCAGCCCUGUUGUAACUGCUGUAAUCCCCAAAACUCCUGGUAAACACAUGGCCUUGAGCCCUGCUCCUCUUGUCUUCAUGGGAACUCCGGUCUCAAAGGGUACCUUGAUGUUUGUCAUGCCUCAGCCUACAGUCAAGCCCAUAAUGCCGCAGGUCACCAGCCUCAAUGGUACCAAACUCUCUCCCAUUGCACCUGCCCCAGGGAUCAUGCCACCUGUGCAGAAGAUAGAAGCACAGAUUGAUGUAUCUCGACACCGCAGCCACAUCUGUGUUCACCCAGGCUGUGGGAAAACCUACUUCAAAAGUUCUCACCUGAAGGCCCACACGAGGACUCACACAGGUGAGAAACCUUUCAGUUGCAAUUGGGAAGAUUGUGAUAGGAAAUUUGCACGAUCUGAUGAGCUCUCCCGACAUCGCAGGACGCACACAGGCGAAAAGAAGUUUGUGUGCCCGAUGUGUGAACGGCGAUUCAUGAGGAGCGAUCACUUGACAAAGCACGCUCGGCGUCACCUCUCUGCUAAUAAACUUCCGAACUGGCAGAUGGAAGUGAGCAAGCUGAACAAUGUCAUUUCUCCAGUAUCUGCUCUGUGAUCCCUGUGGCCCAAGGAGUCACAUUAACAUCAACCCAGUGCAAAUGUCACCUGAUGGGGAAAUGCAGUUCCAUAAUCCCAGAAAUGAUGGAACUGAAAGAAUGCAAGUUUUUAUGUAUUAUGUAUUUACCUGGUAAAUGUUUGUGCAUCAAUGUAAGCAUAGCGUGCCAAACAGAGAUGACAGAAAUACAUGAAAUUUGUAUGGAUAGAAUGUUUCACCUUGUGGAAAUUGCAGCUUCUGUGUGCACAGAAGCACAUUGCAAAUCUUGGGAAGGUGGCAACUAAGGUGUCUUUUAAUGGUGAGGUUAGUGCAAUAGUCAAUCCGCAUCUCUCGCCACAUCCGUUGAAGACAGAAGCUGCACACUACUGAUGGGUGUACUUGCUCGUACCUAGGCCUGUUUGAAGUGCUUUUGAGCAGAGCAUGGCAGGGGACAAGUUGCUAUAUAACCAUGUCCACUAGUUGCUAUAUAACCAUGUGCAACUCCUCAGCAGUGAAAGGAGGAAAAGAGAAGUGAAGUAUCAAGAUCUUCACAUGGCAGCGAAUGGAAAGGGUAAUGGGAAAAGCUGGAGAGCAUGUGGGGCCCUGUUUGAGAGAGGCUGAGACUGAGCAUCAGGGAAUGACACUGUAGUACCAUAUACUUACUUUUUGCAUUAUGUUGGGGACAUGGAUGUAGAAAUUUCCAUUUGUGCAAUAGGUGGGAUUGCUUUAAUCAUCAUUUAUAAGUACAGCCAAAUGUUCUGAUGCUGAAUAUUGGGCAUCACUCGAAACAGGCAACUGUAGCAGGUCACAGUGCCUGCCACAAAUGUUUGCCCCAAUAUUUAUCUUUGCUUUAUGAAGUUAUGACAUAGGGCUGGAAGACCAUUGUUUGUCCACAUGCUGAUUAAAAUGGGCGAAUACUCAAGCUAGUUAUUUUUGUGAUUAUUUUAUUAAAAUUUGCAAAUGUAACAAGUAAAGUUUUGGAUAAAAAUUGCUGUCCUUUUUUCUCAGCAAAGAUGGAAGUUUGUCAUAGACCUUGCACAAAUAUGGGGAUAUAACUAAUGCUACACUUAAAUUUAUACAUUUACAUGUUUUAUAAUACUUAUGUGACUGCUUAUUUAUUUUAUACUGUUAUCACAAUGUUGUUUAAUAAUCUACUUGGUUACUGAACUUCUUUUGCUUGAUGUAGAGCACAUUGCUUCCUCGAAAGAAGGGGUUCCUCCCUGUUAGAAUUAGCAACUGUCUAUGUUGCUUUCGGGGCACCCUCCAUUCUACAUUUUGGAGUUCAGUCUCGUUCCUUUGCGUCCUGUGGCAGUAUUUUGCAUAGACUAACUCUUCUGCAAGGACAAUGUCCUUUUGGUGCAUUAACUGAACAUGCCAUACCUUAUCUGUUGCUUGCUUUCAGAGUAUUUACUUAAUAGUGCACCUGUUUUAUGAUUCAGCUACAAUGAUUUUGCAUAUUUGUUUUAUCAAGAAACGUUUUGGGGAUAGAUCAUAGGAAACAAGCUUCCUCUAACCAUGUAUUGUGAAAUAAAAUGGAAAACUGUGGGCCUUGACUACACGCUGUGGUUACAGCUCAGUAGAAUCUCUCUCUCUCUCAACAACACAAAGGCAGAACAAUUGAGAUAAGGAAAUCUUAAAUAUCAGGAUUCAUUGUUAAAGCUCAGUGAUGGUUGAUAAGGAGUCUGGUAAACAUUAUAGAUGGCCCAGAUUUCCUACCGCCACAUAAUGCCUAGUUAUCAACUUGAUUGGAUACUUACGUAAUCAGUUAAUACAAUGAUUGAUAUGUAGCCAGCCAGGAUGGGCUGAAUUAAACAUACAAGUGGUGCAUGAGUUCGUUUUGGCCGGGCGGGAGGGGGCAGUAGUUCCUGGGAUAUCCAACAACUUGCACCAUAAUAUGCCUUUGAUGAUAGGAACAGAACCGGGUGUUGAUUAAUUGGGUUGGAAUGCAAAGAGACAUAAGGGAUAAUGGCGAUGAAAUUAGUGCCUGAUUCUCCAAGUGUGGAUGUAAUUAAGAAAAUUGAGUGAACAUUUUUUUAUUUGAAAAAUAAACUUAAUUCAUAAAAAAAC